CCUUAGUAUAUUCACAAAAAGCUCCCUUAAUCCACAACUCAUCAUCAUAUGUCCUACACCCAACUGAUGCCCACACCCAUCAUUGGCCAUCAAAUGCAACUGCAAGGUCAAAUCCGUAAUUUAGCCGCCCAAGGACCAUGAGAGAUCCUGCCGGUGCCGGAGCCGCUGAGCUAACCACCUGCCGGCUCUUUGUCUCAUCGCCUCUAACUUUUGGCAAGCAAGUCAUCAGCCACCAAACAAGUCAGCUAGGCAAGGCCAAGGCGGUUAGGCCAUCGUCUUGGGUGCCCAAGAAGGCAAGAAAUCGAGAUAAUCCUUCUCUCAGACAGACUUCGCCCUCCUCCUCCGGCAAAUCCCACGCUGGUUUCGGGAUGUCGACGGAACUCCUGACGAAAUUCCUCACGUUGCUGUUUGGGUACGCGAUGCCGGCGCUGGAGUGCUUCAAGGCGAUCGAGCAGCGGCCCGGCCGGGCUGACCAGCUCCGAUUCUGGUGCGAGUAUUGGAUCAUCCUAGUGCUCCUGGUCAUGUUCGACGAAAUUGCUGGCGUUCUGAUUUCCAAGAUUCCAAUGUACUACGAGCUCAAGCUUGCCUUCCUCGUGUACCUGUGGUACCCGAAGACAAGGGGAACAGAGAUCGUGUACGAGACCUUCCUCCAGCCCCUGGUGAUGCAGUAUCAUCCCAGCAUCGAGGCGAGGCUUCAGUACCUACGCGCCAAUGCCGGUGACAUCCUUGUCUUCUACCUCAAGAACUUCACGGAGAGGGGCUAUGACCUCUUCCUCCGGGUAAUGGACUACGUCCGGUCGCAGGCGUCCAGAGGAUCAAGAACAAGGAGUUUCUUCUCGUUCAGAGGGGACCGGGCUGAGAGGCCGAGCUUCACCGACGACUACGCAAUUGGUGGCGACCGGAGGGAUGGGGGGAGGUACCGGCGACCGCGCAGUGGCUACUAGCAGAAACAAUUACUGGCAUAGGCUUAGGUAGGAACAAGCAAAUCAUUGUGAAGCAGAUUGAUUUGAAACACAGGUGGUGGAUGAUGCACAGAACUUGUAGGUUUGACUACAAUCAUAGAUCUCUUCUUGUUGAUAUUGGCUUUAGAUUGUCAGCAACAAUCUCUUGGCAUGCUUCCUGAAGUGCAUUGUGGUUGCUCUGUUGUCUUGUA